AUGGAGAAUGAUUCUUCCAAGAAAAUUGAAGUGUCUGCCCUAAACCCCAAUUUACAAUCAAGAGGUGCUUUGGUUGUAUUAGAAGGGUUAGAUCGAAGUGGAAAGAGCUCUCAGUGUAUUCAGCUUCUCUCUCACUUGCAAAGUAUUGGGUGUUCUGCUGAGUUAUGGCGAUUUCCGGAUCGAAAUACUGCUGUUGGGCAGAUGAUCUCUGCUUAUCUUUCCAAUCAAUCUAAUUUGGAUGAUCAUACUAUUCAUCUUUUGUUCAGUGCUAAUCGUUGGGAGAAAAGAUUCUGUGAGAUAGUUGUUGUUUCAUCAAAUUCCGUAAUAAUGCCAUCUAGAUUUUCAUACGAUGCUGAAUGA